ACUUUUAAAACUUCGAAGCGCUGAGUUAUAUUUCAGUUGGCAGACAGAAGUGUUAACACUAUCACCGCCUCUAUUGCUGAGUUUCUAAUCAUUCAUGCUGCUUGCAAACUAACUCCCUGUCUGGAGCCUUCAGUCUCGACCCAUCUAUCUCAGCUCCAGAUUCAUUGGCACAUUUUCCUUUUCGCCUCACUGUGCUCUUUUGUCUUUCUCUGUUUACCUCUUAGCUUCUGCAGAGCAUUAACUUUUAUCUCUUUUUCCCCCCCCACACCAGCUCUCCACUCUUUUGAUAAGCCUACUCCCCCCUCCUCUUUAUCAUCUUUUAUCCCCUCAUCCUGGCGUCUUUGUAUGGAUUCAGGGAUGGUGUAGAGCAGAUUAUCAACUAAUGCUCACAAUGGUCAUUUAUUCACCUCUUUGUUUGCAAAUCCUCUGGUGUUCAAUAACCUUUGUGUUUAUUUAUGCAGAAUAGUGUGUGUGUGUGUGAGUGGGUGUGUGUGUGUGUGUGCUUGUACAUUGUGUGUUAUCGAAUGGUUAUUAUGGCCACGCUAUGCUCCGAUGUUUCCUCUCUAAUAUGUGGCGAAGGCUUCAUGAGUGCUGACAUACAUAAGCAAAUGCGGGGUUUGUGUGACAGUAAAGCUUUAAGGACACUCAAUAACAUAUUGAGUACUGAACCCAGACCGCAGUGUGAGUGCACUGCAUUGAUUUACAGACCACAUGACAAUCACAAAUAAGUGCGGCUCAUGCUCACCACUGUAGGCCACUGUGUGUGUGUUUAUGAGUGGCAGCUUGUGCACAGACUCCCUUGCAUCACUCCAGGAGCUUUUAACCCUUGUGGAUGAUCACCACCUCCAUAUGGAGUUAUCGUGUAAUAGUAUGAAGAGAUGAUUUCUCUAUGAUCAGCAGACAAAGUUUAGCAAAUUCCUGCCGGACAGCCUUUCAGGCUAUCACUGAAGCGGCGUCCAGCUUCAGUUUUUGCCGUGCCUCCCUGGAGCACACGGUGUCUGCUGAGGAGCUGAGUUACCAGCUGCCGCGUCACGCCGGAGGCAGCAACCUGACCUGGCACGACGGCCGUGGCCAGAAGACAGCACACACACGCACCGUCAAACUAUUGCAGCAGCCCGGCACAGAGGGCAUCCAGUUACGUCCAGGUGAAGCGUUCACUGUGUACCACACCAGUCCUACACUGUCCAGUCUGUCCAAACCAGUGGUGCUGUGGACUCAGCAGGAUGUCUGCAAGUGGCUUAAAAAACACUGUCCACACAACUACCUGACCUAUGUAGAGGCCUUCUCCCACCACGCCAUCACAGGACGAGCAUUGCUGCGUUUAAAUGGGGAGAAGUUGGAGAGGAUGGGCAUUGUCCAGGAGACACUAAGGCAGGAGGUCCUCCAACAGGUCCUCCAGCUGCAGGUCAGAGAAGAGGUCCGCAACCUGCAGCUCCUUAGUAGAACCUCCUUUGGAAAUUUCUCUUAGCUCAUCCCUGGAUCCAUUUAGUGGCCCUUUCCCUCAUCCCUUGUCACAAUACGUCUCUAGGAGCCAUGGAAGAGCUGCUGUCUUCAAAUAUGUGAGCGGAGAAUCAACGAGUGAAAGGGGAGAGGACGAGCCUAUAGACUACAUGCCAACCAGUCUGGAGGAUUCUCAUUCAACACGGCCAAUCGGGUUUACAGACACUGAGACAGAGACAAAAACCCCGCUCUAGGCAGGGUUACCCCCUGUAACAUACGAUAAGAUGAUAAGAUGAAAAGAUGAAAGAUUAACAAUCUUUGUGAUGAUGUUUGCCUGGCGCGGGUAUAUCUUCGGUCAUAGAGAAUCUCCUUUUGGUUUCCUUUCUCAGCUGGAAUGCACUGAUUGAGUCAUUUCAGCAGUAGCUGUUGAAAUUAUAUGUAUUUGACAUAAGUAGCGGUUAUUGAAUGAAUUAUUUUUUGACAUGGUUUCACUUAGUUUGUAAUAAGCAUUUGGCUCAGUGGCAAAGGAAAUGUGGAUGUAGCCAUAGAUUUAUAGGCAGAGCUACAAUUUAGACAAUGGAACCUUACAUUUAAUCUUUAUCUCCCUGUAAAGUAACAACCAUGAGCGUAUUCAAAGGUAAUUAGAGCUUUUGUUAAAAGCAUUUGACUAAUGCCAGUUUAAUCAACCCCUCACCCACGUGUCACACUGCAUUUUCCUCUCAGGACAUCGGUUUCAGAAUUUGCAGGCUUGGAAGAUGAACAUUAACACUUCAGGCUGAAUGUCAUUCCCACAAUAAAAUUUUUGUAUUGUGACUAAUCUGCAGUAUUUCAGUGAGAAUUUAGAAAUAUAUAUUAUAGGGUGUGAGCAUUGUAGAGUAACAUACACUUUAAUGUGUGUAUACUGUAACAGUUCUUUGGUCUUUUAUUAAUGAAAUGGAUCCAAGGGGCUCACAGAGUUAAUGAGAUUAUAAUUGCUUGAUAAAGCAAUAAUGCUAGUGCUAAAAGGUGAAGAAGAUGCACAUCUGUAGAGAUGGGAUGCACCGUGUGAGUGUCUGCUGACGGAAAUAAACACCUUGCCCUCUACAGUGGCAGUACUUGCAAGCCUUGUAGUUUCAGUCCUUUGUCUGUGAUCAUGUAUACUGUAUGUCACCUCUUACACACAGAUACAACAAGAAGGAUGGGUCUCCGUUUGUGUUCCAUCUUGUUUCUCUCCCUGAUGUGACGCUGUACUGUCAAAUGGUCAGAAAACAAGAUACGGUUGAGAUUCCCACUGUGAACGAAACCAGCACCUUUGAUGUCCUUCUAGGCAACAGCAGACAGCGACGAUGACAAUGAUGCUCAAGACAGAUGACUAAAUCAGUGAAAUGAAACGUUAAAAAAAAAACACACAACUUCCAAAACAUCUGCACCAACCAUCUUCCAACUGUCCUUUUACAAGGACGCUUUGAGUAAUGUGAGAUAUCGACUGUUAAAUGGGAAGAAAACACACUUUUAUUUUUAGAUGAAAAAAUGUACUGUAAAUACUGGUUUACAUUGACUGAUGAUUUAUGACCUGCAAAAGGAGAAAAUGUUUCUCUGUUUUACAGAUUCAACAGUGGACGGAAUGGAAAAUGAUGAAAGCUGUCAUCAUGUUUUUUGAAUAAACUAACUGAGAUGAA